AUGUUCACCGAGAUGAAUAACGAGCUUCAUUCGAUCAUUGAACUACCAACUAUUGCCGACAUUGAGGCAUCGACCGAUGUCCUUAGUAUACGAACAAAUGCCAUCAAAGUGGUUCGAGUGAAGGAACGCUUCGCGGUCAAAAUCGGGUAUUCGAUCCCGCCUUUGGAAGCUGAGAACAUGAAAUUUGUUGCAGCUAACAGCAAGGUUUCUGUGCCAAAGGUUUACGCCAACUUCAUCGACCCAGAGACCCAGAAAAGAUAUGUGGUUAUGGAUUUCGUCCCUGGUACAGACUUGCAAAAAUUACUGCCAUCGCUUACCCCAACCGAGAAGACGACGAUCAGCCAGAGGAUCAGACAGGCGGUCAAUGAAUUGCGAACAAUACCAUCACCUGGCUACUUUGGGAAUUUGAAUGGCACGCCUUAUACCGACGGUGUUCUUUUAACCCCUGAUAACAACCCAGCCAUUUCCGGGCCAUUCAAGGACCAGAAGCAGAUGAAUCAAGGAAUACUGGAGAGACUGGGCCAAAUGCAGUCUCCACACUACAUUCGAUUGUUGAAAGAAAUGGUCAACUGCACUCUCAAGAACCAUCGAAUUGUCUUUACUCAUGGAGAUCUGUAA